UCGUGCGUUAAACGUUUUUUUUUGUGGGGUGUUUCGUUUCAACGACGCAUUCGGUCGGAGGAUAUACACGCGCGUGCGAGAUCCAUACACCGUCGGUGUUAGAAACAAAAAAUAGAAAAUAAACGAAAAAUAUCUUCGAAGUGUAAUUUAGUGUUAGAACAAAAAUAAGAAUAAAAAAUAAACGCAAAAAGGAAUAAAUAACAAUACAGAGGAUACCCUGUGCGGCGACAGGACAGCCCUAAAACAAGGCAUAGCAAAGUGUGUUGAAACUGUUAAAAACUUCUAUGUUGUUCGUACUGAUAGAAUUUUUGCGAUUUACGAAAUAUUUACAGAAAUAUUUUUAUUGUUAAAUUUCUAUUUUGUUUUUUGUUUUUGAUGACUGCUACGCGAAGCACCUUAACAUUUUUGAGUGACGCGCAAAUAUCUCUUAUUGUGCUUGUUGUUGUUUGUGUUGUUCAUCGACGUUGAACCGCUGAACCGCUGCUGCGCUGAUUUGUUAAUCCGAAAUUUCGGAAUGUUUUCUCCGCCGCAAUUAAUUAAAUUUAUCUGAAAAUGGCACUAAAAUGACGUGGCGUGCAUGAAAUAAAUUACCGGGAAUGAAAUUAUGCGUUAGCUGCGACGACAGUUUUUCGAUUUUUCGUAAAAUAUUACUUCUUGCAUUGGAAGGCACGUGUGCUUCUUUGGAGUAUCACUGAAAAUCUCGAAUUUCAAAAAUCACUUUGCUCUUCUGGGAAAAUAUAUAAAAAGUGUUCGCCUGUAAAUCUGCAAGUUGUGAAGGCGAAUACCUAAAAAACUUAACUGAUAACGGGAUUCUUAUAGCAGGCCAACAAAAUUUUUGGAGUGGAGGAUUUAAGAAAAGCGAGAGCUUCUUUGGAUAAAAUUCAGAUGCAGAAAAGAAAGUUUCUUCAAGGCUGUUUCUUAAAACAAACCAUAACAAUGCACUGCUUACUCCGAUAACUGUUUCUCCACGAAAUUUUUUUAAGUAUUUUAAUUCUAAAUUAAAAUAAAAAAUAAAUAAAAAAAAGUCUGACUAAGAGAUAGAUUUUAAAUUAAAUUAAGGAGAAAAAACCUAAGCAAACAAAAUGCUGCAACAUACCGCCACAGAUUUCUACGAUUUAGCUGCCGCCAAUGCUGCUGUAUUGAGUGCGCGUCAAACGCCGCCAUACAGCCCAACAGGCUUGAUCGGCACCGGAGCGGGUCUCAGCAAUAAUAAUAACAACAACACAAGCAAUAAUAAUUUGGAUAUGUUGGGACACAAUGGAAGUAUUAUUGGACCGGGCGGCGGUGGAGGUGGUGGCUUACAUAUCGGUAAUGGCAAUGGUGGUAGCAAUGGGCGUGAAACGUUACCCAGCUUUGGAUUCACGCAAGAGCAAGUGGCUUGUGUGUGUGAGGUUCUUCAACAAGCUGGCAAUAUCGAAAGGCUGGGCCGCUUUCUUUGGUCCCUACCGCAAUGUGAUAAACUGCAACUGAACGAGUCUGUGCUGAAAGCGAAGGCCGUUGUUGCAUUCCAUCGUGGACAAUAUAAGGAGUUAUAUCGUCUGCUCGAGCAUCAUCAAUUCUCACCGCAUAAUCACGCCAAAUUGCAAGCGCUGUGGCUGAAAGCGCAUUAUGUGGAAGCCGAAAAACUGCGGGGAAGACCUUUAGGUGCUGUUGGUAAAUAUCGCGUCCGCCGCAAAUUUCCACUGCCACGCACAAUUUGGGAUGGUGAAGAGACGAGUUACUGCUUCAAGGAAAAAUCUCGAUCCGUAUUAAGAGACUGGUACGCGCAUAAUCCAUAUCCUUCCCCGCGCGAGAAACGUGAAUUAGCAGAGGCUACAGGACUGACAACCACACAGGUUUCCAAUUGGUUUAAGAAUCGCAGACAAAGAGAUCGCGCAGCGGAACACAAAGACGGCGCGUCAGACAAGCAACAUUUGGACUCAUCAAGCGAUUCAGAGAUGGAAAGUUCUCUUUUACAACAAUCGCACAAUGCAGGCAAUAAUAAUCAUCACCACCAGCAGCACCAAGCACAUCAACAUCAAUCGCCACAUCACCAACACCCCACGACGCACGUGCAAUCUCACCAGCCGCAAUCACAGCAACAACAAUCGCAACAACUAUCUCCGACAGCGGCACUCAACAAUCACCACCAUCAUCAUCAUCAUCACCAUCAUGCCGCGGCUGCGGCUGCAGCUGCCGCUGCCGUCGCCGCACAAUUACCGCAAUCGCAUCACACCAGUUCAGCGCCAAGUAUGGAGCAAACGCAUCACCAACACCCGCACAGCUUGAAUGCCACACAAUUGGUAGGACUCUCACCGAACUCCGGUGGUAGUGGUGGUAGCGGAGUUGGAGGCGCGAGUGGUGGCGGAGGUGCACUCAGUUCAGCGGCCGUGGCAGCAGCGGCUGCGGCUGUCGCUGCAUCGACAAGUAGUAAAAAUGGCAAUAAUGCUGCUGCAGCAGCAGCAGCGGCAGCGGCGGCUGGACAAAUGGCGCCGCUCUCGGUGGCAUAUCCGCACCUGCAUAGCGUCAUGGGUUCGAUACCCAUUUACGAUAUGAGCGAAUAUCAGCAUUUAUGAUUCUAGUUGGAAACAUCGGCAGAGUGGAUGGCCAACGCGGCGGCAGCAGCGACGGUGGUGACGGAGCGUACAGCAGUGGCCACAGACGCGGGUAGAAUGUCGUCGACAGCGGCAGCUUGUAUGAGGCAUGAAAUGCAACAAUCGGCGAAUUUCUACUAUUAAAUGAUUGCACCAUAGGAUGGCAUAGUGAAUGGCAGGAACCAGUGAAACUAAAGGUGUUUUCCAACCCAAAAUAUACAUAUGUAUGUAUGUAUGCGUGGGUACUGACAUUCAGGUGCUGUUCCGAAAAUAAGGAUUUGGUUACCAACUGAAAGAGCUGCUUUCGAGUAACAUACCACAUAAUGGCACUGAUGUAUUAAAUUGCUGCUAACGCGUUAGUUGGACACCCUGUACUGCAUGCACCGUAGUAGGAGAAGUUAGCGUUCUUUCAAUUCAAAGAAAAACUCAUAUUUCAAUACUUGCAUGAAACUUAUUAAGUAAUGUGUAAAGUAAAGAACAUGAAGCAUGAAUUUUGUUAUGAAAAUAACGAAAAAUUGUAGUAGAGAAAAUCAAAAAUAUUACAUUAUUGUGUAGCGAACAUAUGUAAGUAUGUAUGUAUGUCUUUUAAAGCGGAAAUGUAACUACGACAUGUAAAAUAUAAAAAUGAUUAUCUUAAUCUUAGCUAAUAAAAAAAAUGAAUUGACGAAUAUAAAAAUAUGUAUAAAAUUUUAGAUCUACAAAAAUAUUCGAAUUCGGGCACACCGUGAAACAAAGUGAAACUCGUACAUUAUGCCGAAAUACUUAAAUAUUAGCUGCUUUCGAUUCACCAACCAGCUAGCGAUUUCCCUCGUGUU